CUUUUCAAUCCAUAGCUCCUCACAAACGAUUGCUAUCUAAAUCAUUGACACACGUAGUGUGUGCAUGUUGAUUUUCUCCGCAAUGAAUACCAGUUUUCUUCAAGUUUUCUUGCUGCGUACCACGCCUCGAUCCAAACCAGAUGGAUGACCACUGUCGUCGAACUACCCUGCAGUAUGGGCACCUUGGAACACCAUUCUACCUUCCAGGGACGCAAAAUUGGGAGUUUACGCGUGUUCCUAAGCGAAGUCCGCCCUUUACUGCUUUGAGGGAAACUUUUGUCACCUCCCUUGAACCCGAUUCCACUUUCUCGAGUCCUACAACUCAGCAUGAAGCUUCUCGAGUUGCAAGAAAGGAACAUUCAUUGUUGAAAGCAUAUCCGGAAUUGGCCCCAAGCUUGGGGUUAGUGAACUCUCACGACAGGUCCUCCCAAGUCAUCACUGCAACUGUGACGAAUUUUGACCCCUUGGUUUCUACGCGUUUGGCAUUUGGAAGAGCGGUCAACGAGAAUCAUGCCGGUAGUCAGUCAGUUCCGAUAGUAGUAACUGCUUCUGGUGAUCCAGCAACAUCCAUUGCCGUUAUCCCCCUCGAUCUCAAAACUAAGAGUACGCUAGCCGGUUCGAAGCGAAUGCUCUCUAGUCCGAACCUCGCAUACAGCGAUGGCGCAUGGUGGAAAUGCCCUGGAGGCCCAGUGCAGCAAAUUUGUUUCGCAGAAUCUAUUGAUGAAGAAAACACGUACUUCGCGGCGAGAUUUUCCCAGAGCACUAUGAUAUUUCGCCCUUUGCGCCAUAGAAUGCCAUUACUCUCAUCCUUUGGAAUGAGAGGUUUUAUGCUGGAGCCGCACUCGAAGACCCAUCUCAAUGCAAAUCCAUUGGUUGAUAUACCGAUUUCGUUAACUGGUGGCCAGCCGCAUGCCGAUGUUACUUUUAAUCCAUGGUACCAACGGCAGGUCGCGAUUAUUGAUCGUUGUGGGAAAUGGAGCGUUUGGGAUAUACGUGGCAAGCACCAGCUUCAAGCUGAUUGGAUUGCUGAUCGAGGUCCCUGUGGAUCUCUGUCGCGUGCGUCUGGGUUAGGAAUCUCUGAACCCACAAAGGAAGAUCAUUUUGAUGGCUGGGCUGCAGUCAUUUGGGUUGGAGAUGUGCAUCAAUUACUGGUCUGUAACCGUCGCAAUCUGGCCCUAUGCAGACUUAGCAUGCAGCCGCCUGAACAGCACCUCAUAUCCCUUGGGUUACAGCGACCUUCUGAGUGGAUUUUGGAUAUUUCUAGAAGCAAACAUAAUCCUUCCCACUUUUUUGUUCUUACCACAACCAAAGUCCUGUGGUUGAAUGUUCUUCCAGUUGAAGCAUCCCCGGAUGGCCAUGGUGUAUCCACAUUGCUGAGUUGGAAGCAUUUCCGGGAUACAGAAGACACAAGCCUCCGCCUCGCACAGGUGCUGGUACAGAACGCCUUUCGGUUCUCGCUCUCGGCGGAAGAAUCGUCAAUUCCACUAUCCAUAUCCGAUCCAUUCCUUCUCUCUACCCCUUGGCCCACGAAUGGAGCCGAACAUCCAGAAGAUAGGCAGAAGAGUUUCUGCUUUUCGUCCAUGCUAUUUGAAGAAAUUGAUGCCCCCCCGGGUUUCAGCGACGAAGAUAGGGGAAGUCCAACACUAAUUAAAUUUAUUGGCCAACGUGCAGAUCUUGCAAUAGUUGAAGGGUUAUAUUCCAUGGCUCUACCCUUCGAAUCUCCAGAAGCAAGUUAUCCGCGCCCUAACUCUAUUCUGCCUCAAAGAAGACGCAAGUUGGCUAGCUUGGCUCGGGUUGACGACUUUGACUUUGUAGUAGAUGAUGUGGAUGAACCAGUAAUCCAGCUAGAGAUUGGGAUGAAGCAGAACAACAGCCUCCACCGAUCGUUCCGCCGAGAUUUUCAGCCACACCAACGGACUGAGCAAUGGACAUCUCUGCAUGUUCGAGUGAUUACUAGUGCUAGCCAACCAGUUCCACGACAGGAUGAGAUCGAGAUUCAAAUACAAGGAUUUGACGAUUGGAUUCGCCUGGCUACCAGCAGACUCCAAGACCAAAUAGCUCAUGAUUCAAUGCCUGCGGUAUCUCAGACACUACUUGAAGCACUCGGUGUCCCACCGGCUCUAAAUGCAAUUGAUAGUAACGCAAGGAACUUUGCACGAUUUAUUCAGACCAUGUCCAGUCCAGUACUAGAGCCCCGCCACCGUCGUUGGUUAUCAGGGUUGCCGUUGCCAUUUUCCGCUACAUCACGGCUACCUGUUUUCACUCCAACGCAGCAAAAUGAUAUGUCCCUUGCAGCACUGUAUGACUCCCUUGUCUACGAUUGGCUUUCUCCGCUGUCAGAUCAUGUUCCCAAUCGGGUUCGGAUGUCAAAAGAAAGAAUGAUUCGAUGCAUGGUUGCAGAGAUAAUGUUUUCGAGAAUUAGCCUUGUGCAAAUGAUGCCAGAAAAGAGAGAGUCCACCAGUCUUGAGGACCAGGUAAUGACCUCGUCAGGACCAGCCAAUGAGCCGCCGUUUAAAGGGGGACGGCGUGGUGCAUCACAUGACGGUAUAUUACCAAGUCAAGGUGCAAGUUUUACACCUAUGCUUUACCAAUCUCAUGAGCCAACAGCGCCAGCAUCUCUCGCUUUGCACCGUUAUACUACCGUAAAUCCCCAACCUGACCCCUUAAAGCGUGUCAUGACAACAUUAUCCCAUUGGAAAGUCGGCACUGAUCCGGCGGAUUACGACUGGCAGAAAACAGUUCACGCGAUUCAAGAUGAACAGUCACUGUCCGGGGACCAUCCAACCGUCCAGAGACGUCGUAGGCGUGAAGAGCGCAAACGACGCCAGCUGGAAAAAGCUCAAAAGCAGGCGUCAUUAACGCCGUCAACACCGAAAUUAGUUGACGGCGGGAGAAUGUGGGGAAGCCAACCAGACAGGGCCAUUCGUAUCUCUCCGGUCGAACCCGAGCUCUGGAGCAGCCAAAUCAAAGAAGAAAAUAUACCCCUGACACAGGUAGAAAGAGGAGUAUUUGGUAGCAGAGAAGUGGCGCGAAAGAAGAUGGGUAAGGAAAGGAGAAAAAGGCGAGCAGCCGGAUUUUGACAUUUCGAGCUUUUUUGGGAAUAUGCAUGUAUGAGCCAACACACUGAUAUGUUUGUAUCUU